GAGGAGGAGGAGGGAUUGUCCACCCCCGGCCCGGACCCUGGGAUGAGGCUGCAGCGGGCCGAAGCCGCGGUCAGAACAGUCCCGGGCAGAUGUCCCAGGGGAGCGGCCCGCUUCCCCGCCCCCUCGACGACCCUCAUGGAGACCCCCAGCCGGAGCCGCCCCCUGCCCCAGCUCAGGAGGCGGUCACAAGCUCUCCCAGCCUGCCCCAGCCAGAGGUAGCAGUGUCUUCACAGGAUCACACCCACCAUCCGGUCCACCCCAGCAGGACCAGAGAGGAGGAGGAGGAGGAGGUGGAGGAGGAGGAGGAGGAGACGGCAGCACCCUCCAUGCCCCAAGUCAGUGGACCAGCAUCUCUGCAGGCCUUGAGCAGCACUGACCUCAUCGGUCUCCCUCAAGCUGUGACAUGUCAGCCGCAGGGUCUCUCCCCGACCCGGGGACCCCCUGGCUGCAUCCCGCUGCUGCACAACGGCACCGGCGGCUCCCCGAAUCUAGCCGGGACCAGUCGCUCAGGGAACGGAGCCUUCGGAGGUUCCCGGACCCCCAGGAAGCCGCCGACACCCACCUCCCUCCCGGCCCACGGAGGCAGGAAGCGCAAGACCGGCACCAAGCCUGCCACCUCCCAGAUCCCCAUCGAGGCCCAGGAAGACUGCUGCGUCCACUGCGUCCUGACCUGCCUGUUCUGCGAGUUCCUGGCCCUCUGCAACAUCCUGCUGGACUGCGUCACCUGCGGCUCCUGCAGCUCCGAGGACUCGUGCAUUUGCUGCUGCUGCUGCUGCGGCUCCGGAGAGUGCGUCGACUGCGACCUGCCCUGCGAUAUGGACUGCGGCAUCGUCGACGCCUGCUGCGAGUCGGCCGACUGCCUGGAGAUCUGCAUGGAGUGCUGCGGGCUGUGCUUCUCUUCCUGAGGUCCCCGGCCCGAGGGACCUCCAGCAGCCAGGCCUGAGCAGGAGCAAGGUGCAGGCCCCGGGCAGGGUCAGCCUGGAACCAACAAUGGGGAUGGCUGGCCCAGCAGAGUGACCGCAGCCCAUCCAGAACCCCCGCCUAAUACUCCUGGAGUGGGAGGGCGGAGGUGGGCCAGGUUUGGCUCUAGGACACUGUGAAUGCCCGUUGUGGGGGGCCAAGGCAAAGGGGCCUAGCUCCAGCAACCCAGUAGUGCAACUGGCCAGAGGCCAAAUAGAUGUGAAGUCCUUCACUAGCCCACCUCUCUGCUUGCUGCCCUGGAGAGGGCAAGGCUUUUGUCCAGCCCCCCCCAACCAUCUUGGGGCCUGUCCUGGGGGCUGACAAGGAGAGAGGAGUGAGUGGACCCCUAGGGUAUGGGAAGGCUGAGUGGGAGAGGGGCAGC